UGGUUUGCGUGGCCACUCUGCCAAUACAUUCGACUUACGAAAACGCGUAUUGGUUUUAUAUUUACAGUUUAAUAGUGACUGGUACACACGAUCAUAUCAAAGGUAUUGUUCGAUCAAAAUGGAUAGUAGGGCUGGGCCAUCUAGAAGUAAAAAUAGAUCGAAAACAUCAACACCUAGUAGUAGAAAACAACGUUGGUUGAGUGAUGACUCGGAAGGUUCUGAAGGAUUUAGUGAUGAAGAAGUGUGUUCGCAACGAGCUCAGGAGGAGCAGUUGUCUUCAAGUUCAGAGGAAUCUAGUUGCGGCAGUGAUGACAGUAUCUUUGAUACAAGACUGAAACCGAAAACGCUCAGCCGUGGACCACCAGCUCAGUCUUCAAGGUCAUCUGCCGCAAAGACGACAAACCGUAUUCCACCACCUCCACCUUCAAGAUCACCUGCUUCAAAGUCGACCAGCCGUGUACCACCAGCUCAACCUUCAAGUUCAUCUACAUCAAAACGAGGGUUAUGUGAGUCAGAUGGAAGCCCAUGUAAGAGAUUUAGACCUAAGUUUGGCCACGUACCAAGUACGCGUGAUAAAUCUGCUCAACCUAGACUAUCACCAGAUCCACAUACACAUAGAUCAAUAUCGAUGCGAGCGCCUCGCCAACUAGAAAUUGAGGGAACUAGUAAUUUUGAGUUCAAUUAUGAAAUUGACUGCCGUGCAAUAAUGCCGGCUAUCGUUCAAGAUUAUGGAGAUAUGCCUGACAUACCUGAUAGCAUUCUAUUUAACCCUUCAACUCCUAGCGUGUCUCUUCUGAGAUCUGAUGUGGUAACUCCAAACUUUUCGUCGGAACGUGAUGCAGCCUCUCCUUCUAUUUUGUCAUUUCGGCGAUCUGAAUGCAGUUCUCCCGACUUACCUGCUGAUAACAAUGAUGUCCCAUUGCUUGAUAUUUCACCUUCUCGUCAAGGAGCCACGAGCACCUGGAGCAUUGAUCCGAGUUGCAUGAAGAAAAUUGAUUUUACCAAAGAACAGGAACUCUUAGUGCCGCCUCCGACUGAUCCUUACGAGGCAUUCCGUCUAAUAAUCGACAACGAGUUAUUAGACCUUAUUGUGCGAGAGACAAAUUUAAACGCAGCUAGAGUUGCUUCUUCAGAAAAUGUCAAGCAGACCUCUAGAAUAAAAUCUUGGAGAGAUGUAACCAGGGACGAACUGCUCACCUUUAUAGGACUUCUUCUCCAUACAGGAACAAUACGACUUAAUCGUAUAAGUGAUUAUUGGAAGCGGCACCAUUUAUUUAAUACUCCAUGCUUCGGACAAUUCAUGUCUCGUAAUCGUUUUCUUCUAAUAUUGCGGUGCCUACAUUUUUCGUCUGAAUCAAGUGAAGGAGACCGUCUUAUUAAAAUUCGCCCAUUCAUGGAUCAUUUUAAUAAUAAAAUGAACACUAUAUAUAGUCCGGGCAAAGAGUUGUCAUUGGAUGAGUCUAUGGUAUUGUGGCGCGGUCGAUUGCUGUUCAGACAAUACAUAAAGAACAAGCGUCAUAAAUAUGGCGUAAAACUUUAUGUUUUAGCUGAACCGGAUGGUACCGUUUUAAAAUUUCAAGUUAACGCCGGUUCAAACGAUGAGACAUCAGGGCCAGGUCAUUGUAGUAAGAUCGUCUUCAAACUUCUAGAAGAGAGACUGGACUGCGGCCACCAUGUAUACAUGGAUAAUUAUUAUAAUUCUUAUGGCUUGGCUGUGAAAUUGCUAGAUCGACAGACGUACUGCACAGGAACUUUACGAAAAAACCGUAGAGAUAACCCUGUUGAAAUUGGGUCUGUCUCAUUGGAAAAAGGAGAAAACAAAUCCUUAUUCCUGAACGGUGUUCAUGUAGGAAGAUGGAGGGAUAAACGUUACGUACUCUAUAUUUCUACAGAACACGAUAAUGAGAUGGUGGAAACUACUUCCAAAAGGGGAUCUGUAGCAUUGAAACCAAAGGCCAUUGUCCAUUAUAAUAAUGUUAUGUCAGGCGUCGAUCUUCAAGAUCAGAUGUUGGCUUACUAUCCAGUCCAAAGGAAGACGCUGCGUUGGUACAAGAAGCUGUUCGUACAUGUGCUGCAAAUGAGCCUCACUAAUUCAUUGCACUUGUACAACAAAUUUUCGCCGAACGACAAAUUAAAUCUAUAUGAUUUUCGUUUGAAGAUACUGGAGAAGCUUUUACCUAAUCCUAAUGAUGUCAAUCGACGCAAUGUUUUAAAAAUGAAACAUGAACUCACUAAAAUAGAAAAGGUCCGGGUGAGAACGAAGAAAGUAGGAAAUAUAACUAAAGAAACUACAGAAGUGGCCCGAAAAGAAUGCAAAGGUUGCAAAGCGCAGAAAAAGAGAGUGCAAACAAUUUAUGAAUGCAAGCAAUGCGAAAAUUCUCCAGGUUUUUGCACAAAAUGUUUCUGCCUUGCGCAUUCCUGA